AUGGCAGACAACAAAGGCCUACUCUUUGCUUAUACAGACCACGGGGAGCUGGUCAAUGAGGCGGAGUUCCAUGUGCGAGCUGCUGUCCCUGGCAUGGGCACCAUCAGCAGAUACAAGCAAGUAGACGGGCAGAAGCCAAAUUGGCUGGCGCUGUACGACAUGUCUUCCCCUGAGGUCGCCACGACCGAACCGUACACCAAACUCCCAUCCUCGGACAACGAGAAGCGCAUCAUAUCGAACCUGGCCACCUUAAACGGUGCCAUAUAUUCGCUCAUUUCCGCUUCCGCCACUUCUCCCAAGGCUACCCCAGGCAAAUUUAUAUGCAUCGCUAUGAUGGAGCCUUCCGUCGAAGGAGAGGAUGAAUUCAAUAAGUGGUACGAGGAAGAACACAUAUCGCUCCUAUCGAAAGCCCCUGGGUGGAUCAGGAGCAGGAGAUUCAAGCUUGUCCGAGAAAUCCAAUUGCCGGGCAAAGAGGACGCCGGCUCGAAAUUGAAAUAUCUGGCUUUGCACGAACUACAGAACAAGGAAGUGAUGGAUACCCCGGAAUGGAUUCAUGCGGGUACUCCGUGGAGAAAUAAGGUUGUGAACGAGUUGGUCCUUCGAAGGGAGAUACGGCUUUUCGAACUAUACAGAGCAUGGGAACUGGAAUGA